CUUGUAUCCUUAAAGGUUCGGGCCCUAGGGAAAUCUUGGACAUUUUGCCCAGCUUUUCUUGGGAUUUAUUUUAUGCAUUACCAACAUGGACACCUUAUAGUAUCGUCGGCUCUGGAUGCCACAGCUAAAUUAAUAUCCUCACGUUCUACAUAGUUAAGCACAAGAUUGUCACUGGAGCAUCUUCAGGAAUCAAAACCUUGCUCCAAGCAACACGAUGUUUCAGGAUAUAACUCAUCAAAUGCUUAGGAAGUGUUUUGAAAGCAGUACACUUCAUCUCUGCUUUGGAAUGGCAGUCACAGAUAUAGAUAAUGAUGGACAGCUGGAGCUUAUUGUGGUGAGAUUCCAUGGAUCAAAUUUGGUUCUUAAAUACAACAAGUUAGAGAAUCAGUUGGAGAAUUUGGCAGUAGAUGACCCACUGUGUCCUUACUAUGCACUGAGGGAUGUGAUGGGUAAUGCUAUUGACGUGUGUGUCUGCGAUGUGGAUGGGGAUGGACGAGAAGAAAUUUAUAUCGUUAACACGAAUGAAAACUAUAAUGAUAAACUCUUUAAGUUUAGAAAUGGUCGCUAUGAAGAUAUUUUUUCUGAUGAGGUAAAUCAAGAUAUUGCCAGGCAAUUAACUGGACUUGCAGUUACCUGCAUUGACCGCAAUGGCACUGGAAAGUAUGCUAUCUACCUGGCCAAUUAUGUAAGAGAGAAGAUGGGUGUCCGUGCUCUAAUAGAAAUGGAUGAAAGUUGCAGUGAUGUAGCUAAUGGAGUUGUGGUAAUGAGAAAUGUUGCCCAAGAGGCUGGCCUUGCUAAGCUCACAAGUGGUCGUGGAGUUACAGUGGGCCCAAUUCUCAGUAAAGAUGGGAGAAGUGACAUCUUUUGCAAGAAUAAGCAUGGCCCAAAUUUCCUGUUCAAAAAUAAUGGAAAUGGAACUUUCACUGAUGUGGCAGCUGAAUCAGGUAUUUCUGAUGCUUUUGAAGAUGGUGAUUGGGGAGUAAUGUUGGCUGAUUUUAAUGGUGAUGGUAAAUUAGACAUAGUUUAUAGCAACUGGAAUGGCUCGCAUCGAAUUUUCCUUCAGACAACAGAUGAUGAGAGUAAUCCCAGAUUUAGGGUAAGUGCAGUGUUUAUGAGUAAUUUUGCUCAUCGAGGGCCUGCUCCCAAUCGGCUCUUUCAAGUAAAGCAUGGUGUCAAUGGUCAAGAUCCUACCAUCAAGGAGAUGAGGAUAGGUGAAGCGCUGGAACCUGAUGGUGAAGGAGGAGGGUACAAAGAUGGAGGUGCCUGUUACGUGCGGCGUUGCGGUUUGUUUACAUGCGUCUGGGUGUGCGAGCGAGCGUCUCUGAUAACAGAGCGAAGAUGGCUGCGUGUGCAGGUGCUAACAUACCAGGGUGCCCCAGCUAGAGGAGCCAAAGUCACCCUAUAUACUCAUAAAGGAAGACAGACUCAAGUUAUUGGCACAGAUGCAGGAUAUCUCUGUCACAUGGAACCUGUCGCACACUUUGGCCUUAACCAUGAUAUUCCAGUAAAGUUGGAAGUGCUAUGGCCUGACACAAAAUUCAGAGUACUUAAUCUUGAAGCAUCCAGUGUUAAUUUGGAGAUGACAGUUUCCCAUCCCGGGUGAGGCAAGUCGUCAUACCUUUGCUGCACAAACAUCGCAGGUUGCUAGUUGCUAAAGAGUAAUACUAAUUAAUAACCAUAGAUUUAUAUUUUUCAGAAAAUGUAUUAGUUGAAUUGUGUGUGUGAAAGUUCAUUCAUUGGUUAUUGAGCUAUAAUAAUAAAUGUUCUUAUGAACAGUUGUGUGAGUUUUACUUUAGACUACUGUAUAGUGUAUUCCAGAAUUAGCUAUUUCUAUGAACAAAUUUUUCUAUGGACAAAUCUAUUUAAAACCUACAUAAUUUAAUGUUUUAUCUAAUUUUGAUACAAAAACAAAGAUUUAUAAAUUGUAAGUCAAAUCUUUAUUUUGAACUUUAAACAUGUCCUCCGUUUGAAUCCCUGCAUGUUUCAAAUUUAACCUUAGCAUUACAAAACACAUUUUAUACAGAUCCAGUACUUUUCAAUUUGUUCAAACAUUCAUGAAUUGCUUUGUGUGUAGGACCAAUUCGAUGACAUUUCCUUGUAAAUCUUUCUCUGAUUACCGUUAUAUUGCAAUCUUUUGAUACGACAUGACAGCUAAAGUGUGGUCUUGUGUAUUCAUUAUUAGGGUUAUGGUUCUGAAAAGAGAUUAAAUAAUUAAGAUUU